AUUCCAUAGAGUCGCGGGGCUGCUGCUGGGCGCUGCUUGGUCAUUCUAAGCUCUAUGGUGUCACUUUAAACGAAUCGGCUUUUAUUUUGAAAGCUGCAGCAUCCGGAUGACGCCCGUGUUUGCUCUUUAACCCGCGUGUACGUUGCGUUCGCUUGUCCUGCAGUCAAAGAAUUCUGUUUCACAGUAAAUGAUUGAACCGGAUCUACCGCGGCGUUUGUAGGUGAUGUUUACGGUGCAGUAGAGUGUCCUGAAGACUCCAGUCCCUCCUCUUCCUCCUCCUCUUCAUCCAGACCCUUAUAAUGUGGCCCCUCUACACCUAUCAUCACCUGCUAACCUUCCUGCUAACCUUCUUCAGCUAUGUCCUGCUCCACGCGUCUCGAAAGACUUUCAGCAACGUGAAAGUGAGCAUCUCCGCGCAGUGGACGCCGUCAGCGCUGCAGCAGAAUGGCACCGCUUUUACUUUGUCUCCAACGGAGACAUGGGAGGGAAACGCAUUGUUUGCUGACAUGGGGGAGGCCACGCUGUUCUUGGGCGCUCUGGACUCCAUAUUCCUCUUCUCUUAUGCCGUGGGUUUGUACGUCAGUGGCGUGAUUGGAGAUCGGUUCAACCUCCGCUACGUUCUGUCCUUCGGUUUAUGUGGAUCAGCCAUCACGGAAUUCGUUUUUGGCACUUUGACAGAGUGGCUACACUUCUAUAACGUGUAUUUGUACUGCGUCCUGUGGGUGAUUAAUGGACUGCUGCAGUCUACAGUGUGGCCCUGCGUGGUGGCCAUCAUGGGCAACUGGUUUGGGAAAUCCGGCCGAGGCUUUGUGUUUGGACUGUGGAGUGCGUGCGCAUCUGUGGGGAAUAUUCUGGGGGCGUUUCUCGCCUCCAGUGUCUUGAAGUAUGGCUAUGAGUAUGCCUUCCUGGUGACUUCAGUGGUGCAGUUUGCGGGUGGCGUGGUGGUGUUUUUUGGCCUUCUCACAUCACCAAAAGAAAUUGGACUGAACGACUACUUUGAGACAGGUCUGAGACCAGUGACGAGAGACUCAGACAGUCAGCGUCCUCUGAUGAGUGAUGAAGAAGAUGAGCUGACGGAUGAAUACUCCUCCAUACAGCAGCAGGACGAAGAGCCCCAGCCCCAGCCCCAGCCCAGGGCCAUCGGCUUCUUCCAGGCUUUCUGCCUGCCAGGAGUUCUUCCAUAUUCGCUGGCUUACGCGUGUCUGAAGCUGGUCAACUACUCGUUCUUCUUCUGGCUGCCGUUUUAUCUCAGCAAGAACUUCGGCUGGAAGGAGGUUGAAGCCGACCGGCUGUCCGUGUGGUAUGACGUUGGAGGAAUUAUCGGAGGAACGGUGCAAGGCUUGAUCUCCGAUCUUUUGGGAAAACGAGCUCCUGUGUUAGCCAUAAGUUUGCUGCUGGCCAUGGGAUCAUUAGUGGGAUACAGCCACUCGCCUAACAACCAGCUGGUGAACGGAGCCCUUCUAGCAACGACAGGUUUCCUAAUCGGAGGCCCGUCAAACAUGAUUAGUUCAGCGAUCUCUGCAGACCUGGGCCGACAGGAGGCGCUGCACAACAGUCAGCAGGCGUUGGCCACAGUCACGGGAAUAGUGGACGGCACAGGCAGCAUUGGAGCUGCGGGGGGACAGUACCUUGUGUCGCUUAUUGAGAGCAAACUGGGAUGGAUGUGCGUCUUCUAUUUCUUCAUCAUAAUGACGGGAUGCAGUGUGCUCUUCAUCAUUCCUCUUCUAUUCCGAGAAAUCCAGUCUUUGUGCAGAGACAGACAGGCUCGAACACUCCAGCUCUGAACUGCUUCUCUUUGCCGGAACAAUUCAUAUUUAUAAAUGUUUUAUAUACUUGAGUUUACCAAUGUUCUGUUUACAGCGACGGAAGCCUCCGAUUCAGUCUGGGUAAUCUCAUCACAACUGACAAAUCAUCUCCUUUUCCCUGUGUUUAGGAAGAGCUUUGGGCAGUGCAGGGAUUCUUGUAGGAAUUGUCCGGACAAUUGUCCAGCUUUAAUUUAUUUCCCGUUUUAUUUUUAAUUGUUAUUAUUACUAUUAUUAUUAUUUUAGAUCGUCUGAUUUCUGAACACCGCCUCUGAAUGUCGCCUUUAAAGAGGAAAUCUCUGCAUUGCCUUGCUUGUACACUUUUCGUUGUCGUCGAUUUAUUUCUAAAUUCCAGUUUUAUAAUUGUUAAAGAGGGCCGGACCCUCUUGAGUUUAAUGGCAGCCUGAUUAAACGUUGUAUCGAAUGAUCGCUUGAAGUGAAGUAGACUAACAGCGCCGCCAUCUUGAGCAGGGCUGAUUGUAGGAUGACGUGUACAGUUUUUAAUUAACACUUAAUGAACACUCUGCAGCACUUUGUUUUAGGUGUAUAUUAGGAUGUUUAAAUGUAACACUACGGUUUUAAGCUGCACAGCUCUUCCCAAUAUGUGGUCUUGCAUUCCUGUAUAUGAAUAAUAGUGAUGAUAAUAAAUACAGGCAAACAAUCAUGCCUGAUCAGAAGCAUCUGUCAACAAA